AUGAAGAAACGCAAGCCCGACAGCGACAGCGAACACACAGAAACGACCGAUGAGGACGAGGACAAUGACGUUUUCCUGCACAGGAUCCCAAAGAGGAACAAUGAGCUGCUGCCUAAUGCUGUUGCCAUCCGUCCGUCUUUUCGCAUGCGAAGCAAGAUUCGCGAGAGCAUCCGCCAGAGCAAGAUCCGCCCGGCAAAGUUUGAAGUUCAGGAAGCUGUUGCGAAACUCAUGAUGAAGAACAGCCAAGAGCAGAGGCAGAUCCGAAGGAUCUCCAAGAUGAUGAACACGCGUCAGAGUGUUGUAGCGAUUCUCGCCAUCGCCUCCAUCAUCCUCGGAGUGAUAGUGAAUGAGCUGUGUGUGGCAGGGGAGUAUAUCGACCACCCCCUCACGCCGGAGGAGCAGGCAGCGUUGAAGGAUCCUAACAGGCCACCACGGAAGUGCGAGUACUCCAUCGCGGAAUUCGUUAAGCUGCUGCAGAGCUUCGUGACGGCCGUCAUCCUUGGGUUGAUCAUCGUGCAGUUCCGACUUCACGGACAGCUCCAAACCUCGCAGGAGCGGCUGGUGACUAAGUCUCCCUUUGAAGGAGAAAACCAAGACCCUGCCUCUGCCCGGACCAAGAUCACCAGCAGCUGGAAGGAAAAGCUGCGACUCUACAUGGAGCUUGUCAUCAACUCCAUUCACACGGUCCCCUUCGUGUAUCACGACUUCCCACUGCAGAUGUCGGGCAACACCUUCUACUACCGGCUAGAGUCCAUCUUGUGUGCCGUCAUGCUGAUCAGGCUGUAUCAUGUUUGGCGUUGGGUGCACAUGAAGGUCCAGUUCCGCUACUUUAACCCAGAGGAGUCCUACCUGCUCCGAGACCACGCCACCGUCAAGAUGUUUCAGAGCACCAACAUAUCCUUCCGCCUCCUCUCCAUCAAAGUUGCGAUCAAGCGGCAUCCUGUUGAAAUCAUCUCAGCCCUCACUCUCUCCAUCGUCGUCACCAUCACAUACUUUGUCCGCAUCGCUGAGGGCCCGGCAUAUCAGCCUCACAGCACAUACAUCUGGGACCAGAUGUGGAUCGUUUACGUCACUCUGACGACUGUCGGUUACGGCAAUGCUGUUCCUGUCACCCACUUCGGCCGUUUCGCUGCAUGCAUUGCGAUGGCUGUCGGCCCCAUCAUCGUUGCCUUCAUUACGGCGAGUAUCACACAGACGCUGCAGAUGAACGAGGACGAGGCGUUCAUCAUGCAGAAGAUGGACCACAAUCACCUGCGGUUCAAGGUGCUCAACACAGCGUCGAGGAUCAUCCAGCUAUGGUGGAGAAGGAAGGCGAGUGUGGCCCGAACGAGGUCCUCGUCUGUGAGGAUGAGCAUCUUCAAGAAGCUGCCGCGGCGAGCCUCAGAGUAUGACAUAGACGUGAAGGGAUCUAUAGCCUUCGAGGCGAGGAAGGAGGACCUCUACAGGCAGCUCUACUUCGCUAUCGAGGAGUUGAGGCGCUUUACCAAGGCAAGCAUACCGCUCUCCGUGCAGUAUGAAGAGAUAAAUGGCGACAAGAACGCCGUUCGGCCCAGCAGGAUGCUCCCCACCACCCCAACUGCCCCGCAAGCUUCUCCUGGAGACAAAAGUUCCGACCUGCGGCCAUCGAUCUCCAAGCUGAGACUCCCCAAGAGAGAAGACGUGGGAAGGAAUCACUUUGACAAGCUGGAGAGCCCACAAGGGGGCCGUGGCGAAGGAGCGGAUGGGGCCUACCUGGAGAGGCUCCAGAACAAUGUGGAGCAGAUCAAGCGCGUGCUCGACUCUGUCGAAGGGCGUCUGACGACCUUGGAGAAGAACCAACUCAGGUCGGUGAGAGGUUGA